AUGAUGCCCUCCACUCCUGACUUGCCAGCAGUGCCAGACCUAUCUUCUGCCCCUGGGAUCCCACAAGUUCUGCAAAGGAGAGACACUGGGGUGGGGAGUGGAGUCUUGCAGGACAUGGCUCCCCAUGACCCUUCAAGGGACCCUCUUGGUGAUUCCAGGAAGACUGUCAGCAGAAUGCCGUCCCCACUGGGCCCCCCACAUCUGCCCUCCGUGGUCCCCACGGCCACCCUGGAGGAGCCCGAGGCAGCUCGCCUGCGCUUCCGGGGGUUCUGCUACCAGGAGGUGGCAGGUCCCCGUGAGGCCCUGGCCCAGCUUCAAGAGCUGUGCCGAGGCUGGCUGCGGCCCGAGGUGCACUCCAAGGAGCAGAUGCUGGAGCUGCUGGUGCUGGAGCAGUUCCUGGGCGCGCUGCCCCCUGAGAUCCAGGCCUGGGUGCGGGAGCAGAGGCCAGGCAGCCCUGAUGAGGCAGCAGCCCUGGUUGAGGACCUGCAGCAGGACCCUGGGCAGCUGCUGGGCUGGAUUACAGCCCAUGUUCUGAAGCGAAUGGUGCUCCCGGCAGCUCAGAAGAUGGACGAGUCCUUGGGGAGCCCCCACUCUGUAGGAACAGUGGAGCCCCUCUGGGCAGCCGCUGGGGAGAAGCCCCAGGAAUCCCAGAUGGAGGGGUCUGCCCAGAUCAGCUGCAGUGUAAAGGAGGAUCCUGAUGCGGAUAAGCAGAUGGCACCCUCCAGUCCCCCAACUCCAGCCCAGUGCCAUGAAGGGAACCCCACAUACCAGGAACCAGUCUCUGUGUCGUUCCAGCCACCCCGGAUUCAGGAGGACUGGGGGCUCCUGGACUCAUCGCAGAAGGAGCUGUACUGGGAUGCAAUGCUGGAGAAGUACGGCAAGGUGGUCUCUCUGGGAUUGCCGUACCACCAGCUGGAGACAAGGGCCCAGUCGGAGCCGGGGAUGCCAAGCGUGAGGCCAGAGGAUGGAAGAAACCUCUGCUCAGGAGAUGAGAGUGAAGAGCCACCCCGGGGCCCAGGGCUUGUCACUUGGGAGGGCCGGUCUGGGGCCGCCCCACUGCCCCCGGUGCCAGCCAGUGUGGGGAUGCGCCCAGGAGCGGCCCUGGAGCCCGGCACCCUGCGGAAGAAGCCCUACACAUGCGAGCAGUGCGGCCGCGGCUUUGACUGGAAGUCGGUAUUUGUCAUCCACCAUCGGACGCACGCGGAUGCACGGGCCGCCGGGGGUGUAGAGAAACUGGUGCAGGGCCCUCGGGAGCCCUGUGCCCUGCGCCACCCCAGGCGCACACCCCUGGGCCCGCGGAGCUAUGCAUGUGAGGAGUGCGGCCGCAGCUUUAGCUGGAAGUCCCAGCUGGUCAUCCAUCGCAAAAGCCACGCUGGCCAGCGGCGCCACUUUUGCAGCGACUGCGGCCGCAGCUUCGACUGGAAGUCGCAGCUGGUCAUCCACAGGAAGAGCCACCGGCCGGCCCCGUGAACAGCCAGAGAGAGGCAGUCUCCCUUGGGGCCGUGGAGCCCUGUGGGCCUGGACGCUCUCUUCGCCUCUGCUUCCAGCCUGUCCCUGCUGCUUGGCUUUGACCUGGUGGACUUGGAGGCAGCAGAGUUCCCAGGAGGGUCCCCGCCCCUGACUCAGUUUCCCAAAAAGUCGCCUGGGUGCAAGGAAAUGAGCUCCCACUGCCCCCGACGUGGUGUCCUCCCAUUCCCCUGCCGUUUCUGGGUGAGGCCUGGAUUGGAAUCCACUGCUGACUUGUAGCCAGUGACUUCCAAGCUCCCAGCUCCCCACCUGGGACAUGGAGCACGCUGGUGACUCCCUACCCCUGGGACCCGGUGGGCCCAGAUGGAUGCUUAUGAACUGCCCACCCCUCCUGAAGCAGCUGGACCUAAGGUCUUGGUAUGGAAGAUGCAGCAAGCCCAGGAAUGCAUGGCCUAUUUCUGUUUGCAGGCAUUAGAAAGACAAAUGGCUCUCCAUCUUAGUUCUAGAUUUUUAACAAAUUCCACUUUUAUAGUGGGGAAAUUUCUGCGUAAGGAUCCUGGUUUCUGCUAAUCAGGAGAUGACCAACACCACUCCUGCCCAACAGCUGGAGCCACAGGGCAGCCAUGUUCCCCCUGGCCUAUCUUAUCACUUAGCCACUCACAUCACUCCCCAGCCUCAUUGUCCUUUGAGCUCUUGGCACAAAGGGGACUUUGUUUUCAAGUAUGGAUGGACAAGGGUGGUCUCCAAGAAAGGGGGCCACAAAUAGGUAUCAUUUAGGCCAUGUACCCCUACAGGUCAGGGCUACAUCCCCACAGCCUACACAGCUGGCCAGUGGGUGACAAAGUAGGACAAAGGAUCAGCUGCCUGCUAUACCCCUAAUCUGGAUUCCUGGGCAGUUAUUUGGGACUUUGGCCAGUGCACUGUAUUGGUUCGAUACUGUUGCUCUUAACAAACUUGGUGGCUUGAAACAACACAUUUAUUUUCUUAUGACUUUGAAAUGGGUCUCACUGGGCUAAAAUUAAGGUGUUAGUUUGGAACCAGGACUGGUUCCUCCUGUAAGCUCUGGAAGGGAAUCCCUUUUUAUUGCCUUUCCUACUGUCUAGAAGCCACUACAGUCCUUGUCUUGCAGCUCUUUUCCUCAUCUUUAAAGCCAGCAAUGAGGGAUCAAGUCUUUCUUAUGCUGCUGUCUCUGGUUCUGAUCCUCCUUUCUCCUUGUAAAGACCCUUGGGGUUGAUUCAGGGCUCACCUAGUAAUCUGUGAUAAUCUCCCUAUCUCAGGAUCCUUAAUCACAUCUUGUCCACAUCCCCACCUGCGCACUUGAUCCCAUCUGCAAAAUCCCUUUUGCCCAUAAUAUAUUCACAGUUCAGAGGAUCAAGACAGGGAUGUCUUUGGCUGACUUACUCAGCACCCUUCUCUGUCCCUUUACUAUGAAAACUAGGGUCAUUCUUGUAGGGGAUGGUUUCAGGAAGUGUACUUAAGGAAGGAGCCCUGUGCAGCCUGGGGCAUAUGCAGGAGCAGCAGGUGGGUGUUUGAGGGUGGCUGUGACCCUUGUCACCUUGGGAAGGGAAGGGCUACCUGCAGGCAUCACCUGUGCUGGGGAUGGUGACAUUGCUGCAGCUGAGGCUGGGAGGGGACGUCUCCACCUGGGGGAGGCGUGUCUUCCACAUCCCUGGUCUUAGGAUGACCUGCGAACUUGCGCUCCGUCCUAGGGAAGCAGAGCCCGGUUGGAGGUGGACCUGGGAGUGGUAGUCUGGUGGGCAAUAACUGUGCUGGGGACAUGGAGGAAGAGAAUGGAGUAGUGCCCAUAUGCUCAAGCCAGGCCCAGGCCCCAGAAAGGAAAGCCAGGGUGUGGACGGCUCUGAGGGGGCCCAAGCACACAGGAAAGGUAAGGGGAUGAAGGGAAUCACCGUACUGAGGGAGGGUUGGUGGGCAGUUUUUAAAUAAUAUUUUUCUUAUUUAAAAGUAGUUUAUGUUCACUUAGAAAAAUUUUGAUACAAAAGGAAAACAGGUAAGGAAAAUAGCCCCUACUCCAUUGUCUUCACAGUUGUACUUAUUCCAGAUGUUCACUCACAGGGAUGUUUGCUUUAUAAAGCUUUUUGUGAGGCUGCUGUAGGUUGUUCUAUCACCCCUCAUUCCCCUGUUAUUAAAAAUGCAACAUGUGCUUUAAUGCCA